AUGCUAUUUCCAAUGGAUCGUUUAUUAUUAUUGCAUUGUAAUGAAUCGUUUCAUGGCAAUGAUUCACGUCAAAAACAAUUUCAAGAAUAUUAUAAUACACUAGGAAAUAUUAAACGUAUCACGGAAUUAUGGGCACAAACACAAAAUAAAUGGAUAUUUCUCAGAAGUGCAUUAGCCAAUUUAACAAUUAAUGAGAAUGAUCGACAAAUGAAACAAUUGCAAAUAAAUUUUCUCGAUAUGGAUGAAAAUUUUAGACAUUUUCAAAAAAUGGUUUUUCAAAGUCCUUCUGUAGCCGCAUUAGCUAAAGUUGAAAAUAACAGACAAAAUUUUGAAAAAUGGUUAGCCAUUGCGUGUGAUUUAGUUUAUCAAUUGGAAUUUUAUCUUGUUGAGCAAUAUCGUCAACAAUUUGGUCGCUUUUAUUUUCUCACAAAUUCUAAUUUAAUUGAUUUGAUUGCAUGUGGUCAAGAUCCUCGACUGUACGUGCCUUAUGUUAGACAAUUGUUCAAUGGAAUUCAAAAUAUGGAAUUUUAUCUACCUGAAGAAGCAAUUAGUGGUGGACAAAUCAAUUCGGCAACAAUGGAUGUUUAUGCUUAUCGUUUGGAAGCAUCAUCUGUCUCAAAUAAUCAUGAUGAAAAAUUACAAUUAUAUCAACAUUUAAAACUCAUUUCACCACCUGUCAGCUCAGACACAGUUCAAAGUAGUCAGUUGAUAAGUAGUCACAGUCUAUGUGCAUGGUUUCAAUCAUUAGAACAAUUAACAAAAAUAUCACUAGCAAAACAAUUUCGACAAUUAUUAGUAGAAAAAUUACAAAAACGAUCCGAUUUAAUAUUAAAAACCCGAUAUAAAAUAGAAUCAAAACAAAAAACGACAGAACUCUCUUCUACUGAUCAAUAUUCAAUACAAAUUGUUAAUCUGGUAGAAAAUGUUAUUUUUAGUAUUGAAUUAGCAAGUAUAAUGAAACAAAAAAAUAUAAAAAUAUUAAUGAAAUCAUUAAGAAAAUCCAUUGAAAAUUCAAUUAAAGAACGAAGUCCAAUACUUCAACUAAAUAAAAAUGUAAAAGAUUAUUACCAAAAUAUGGCAUUUAUCAUGCAAAAACUUUAUAAUCGUGAUAUUAUUAUGAUGCAAUAUGUGAAUAAAAUACCCUAUGAUUUUGAAUAUCUCGAUUUAUCAACAAAUUUUGUUAUUUCACCAGUAGUAGAGCGUACAAUGUUUCAUUUAAUUCAGUCAAUGCAGUCAUAUCAAAUUGGUGUAUUACAAUCUGAACCACAAAUUGGACGAACAUCUACCGUACACGUAUUAGCUCAAAUGUGUGGUAUUAAUUGUACAAAUUUUUAUUGUAAUGAAUUAAGUCAAAUUGAUCAAAUAAAAUAUUUUUUCUAUGGAAUAUUAAAAUCAACCAAUUGGAUAUUAUUAGAAAAUAUGCAAAGAUUAACUUAUGAAUGUUUAUCAAUAUUAGCCAUACAAAUUAAACAUCUUAAAUCUCUAUUUGAGAAUAAUAAUCCGAUAAUAAAUAUUAAUUCUCAUGAAAAACGUUAUCGACGUCAAUCACAAUCUGAUUCUACUAUUGAUAAAACAAAAUCAUUUAAUAAAUAUCAUUCAUUUGAUUUACCUCUAUCAAAAUAUGAUAUAACAACAGAUUCACAAUUAAAUCAAUUUUAUGAGCGAACAUAUGCUAAUGGUCAUUUAUCGAUAAAUCGUGAAAUUAUUAAAAUACCAUUAACAAUUGGAAUAUUUGCAACAUCCUACUAUACACCGUUAACAUCAAAUAUCAAGUUUGAAUGUCGAACAAUUUCCAUAACAUUACCCGAUACUCAACAUCUUAUUGAAACAUUAUUAUAUUCAAAUGGAUUAUUUGAUAUUAAUCAAACAAAUGAAUGUAAAAAAUUGGCAACAAAUUUAACAGCCACUAUUGAUUAUAUUCAAUUAUUAUUUGAUAAAAUUAAAAAUCAUUAUUCACCAUUUAUUUUAUUGAAAGAAAUAAUUAGUCAAACAAUAAUUUUAUUAUCAAAAAAUACAAAUUCAAUUGAUCAAAAUUUAUUUCAAGCUAUUAUUCAUACAAUGAAACAUUAUGAUUAUAUAUCGUCUAUGAAUGAUUUUCUAAUAAUUAAAGAUGUUAUAAAUAAAUUUUUAAAAUCAUCAUCUACUCAAACUUAUACGAAACAAGAUAUAAUUGAGGAAUUUAUAACAAAUCUUCAACAGCAAGCAAUUGAUGAUAAAAUUAAUUGUGAUGAUAAAAUGUUAAAUGAUGCAUCAAUAUUAAUGUCAUCAUUAAAAUAUUCAAAUUUAAUUUUUCUAACAGGUCAAGCUGGUUCAGGCAAGAGUACACUUUUAAGAUUAGUUGAACGAACAGUAAAUAAAAUAUUAGCAUCACAAAACGUUGAAAAUGCUUCUUCUUCUCAAUCAUCAUCUGCAGUGGAUAAUACUUCAUCAUCAAUGACACCUCAGGUUACAACAAUGAAAAUUUAUCCAAAUUCCUAUGCACGCAACGAAUUAUUUGGUAUUGAUAAUACAAUUAGUAAUCAAUUAUUAUAUAACUGGACCAAAUCAAAUUUAACAAAACAAUCAUCAAAUGAGCGAAUAGAUGAUACUAAUGAUAAUAACUUACAACAAAAAUGGUUAAUACUUGAUGUAAAUUCUCGUGAAAAUAAUUGGUUUACAUCGGAUAUGAUUAAUUCUCUCUAUGAUUCAAUAACAACGAAUAGGAGCAUAGAAAAUCUUAAAAUUCUCGUCGAAUCUGAUACACUCUUAAAUGAUUCUCCAUCAAUAAUUGGAAGAGCAUUUAUUCUUCAUUGUGAACCGGUAAAUUAUCAAGUAAUAAUUCAAGCUACAAUAAAUGAUAUACAAGCAAAAUUUCAUUUACAACAAAAUAAAAUAUCGUUUGUCAAUGAAUUUAUUGAUCAAAUUAUUGAACCCUAUUUAUUGUACAUUCAAAAAAAUCAGAUUUAUGAUUAUUCAGAUUGUCGACAAUAUUCAGCCAUUACUCUCGUACAAUCGUUUAAUACAAUUUUAUAUGCCUUUAUUGAUGAACAUUUAGUUGAAAUUCAACAACAAAAUGAUGAUACAACGAAAAUAAAUGGACUACAACAUGUGUUUGCUUACAGUUUUAUAUGGUCAUUUGUUCAAACGAUUCAUACACGGUAA